AUGCGAAUGGCACUCUUGACGUUUAGUCUGUUAGGGUUACAGUUUACUUGGGGCAUUGAAAUGACCUACUGCACUCCGUAUCUUCUCCAGCUCGGUCUCACUAAAUCCCGAACAUCGCUCGUCUGGAUCGCUGGUCCUUUGUCCGGGUUGAUUAUCCAGCCUCUCAUUGGUGUCAUCGCUGAUCGGUCACGAUCGAAAUGGGGAAGACGAAGGCCAUUCAUGAUUGUAGGCUCAGUGAUCGUCGCGAUGUGUUUGUUAGUGCUGGGAUGGACCACUGAAAUUGUCAACCUUUUUGUCAAGGAUGCAGAAAAGGCCAACCGAGUUAUCAUUGCGCUAGCGGUCCUUAGCAUUUAUGCCGUGGACUUUGCCAUCAAUAUCGUCCAAGCGUGCUGUCGGAGCUUGAUAGUUGAUACAUUGCCUAUUCCAUCACAGCAGGCUGGGUCAGCAUGGGCCACUAGAAUGUCAGCCAUUGGCCAGCUCAUUAGUUAUAUCAUCGGAUCAAUCGAUACAGUUAGCAUUUUUGGCACCACAAUUGGCGAUACUCAAUUUAAGCAGAUGACAGUUAUCGCUGCGCUUUCCUUACUCAUCGCUGUUCUGGUCACUUGUUAUGCGGUGAAGGAGAGAAUAUUGAUUACUGCUAGAGACUCCGAAGGGAAGGCCGGGGCUUUCCAGGUUAUGUCUCAACUAUUCAAAACUACAAUGGACUUGCCUCCCCGCAUCCAAGCCAUCUGCUGGGCUCAAUUUUGGGCGUGGAUUGGUUGGUUUCCAUUCCUUUUCUACAGUACCACCUGGGUUGGUGAGACAUAUUUCCGGUAUGAGGUUCCAAAGGAUGCGACGCAUCCGACGGACAUGCUUGGUGAGGUUGGUCGAGUUGGCAGUUUGUCACUGGUUGUCUUCUCAUCCAUCACAUUCUUCAGCUCUGUUCUGUUGCCAUUCUGCGUACAACCCCCGGAUAACAGGAGGCCUAGAUUUACACCACGGCCUCCUCCAGGGAUUGCUGCCUUGCUUAAGAAGAUCACUUUGAUACGCCCGGACUUGCAGACGACCUGGUUGAUCUCCCAUGUGAUGUUUGCAGCCACUAUGAUCUUCGCACCUUUGGCCCGAUCCCGGGCCUUUGCGACCUUUUUAGUAGCCUUGUGUGGAAUUCCGUGGGCUGUUAGCAGCUGGGCCCCUUUCGCCUUCAUGGGUGUGGAGAUAAACAAGCUAGCCUUAGGCCCAACUCAAGCAUCGCGUCUGUCCGGUGUCACUAUGAUCACAUCUUCCAGUAUCCGUUCUGGGGCUUACAGUGAUAGCAAUGGAGAUACGGAGAUGGACGUCCUGCGACUCAACCACAACGACACAGACAGCGAUAGUGACACAGAGGGUGGCGCCUCCGAUCUACCAUCAACAGGUGAAUUGGCUGGCAUUUACCUAGGCGUGCUGAAUGUGUAUACGACACUGCCACAAUUCGUCGGCACAUUCAUCAGCUGGAUAGUGUUCAGUGUUAUCGAGCCAGGUAGCACAAAGCGAGACGCUUCGGAGACGCAAUGGAUGAACCUCGAUAAGGGUUCGCCCAAUGCCAUCUCGAUCUGUCUGUUUAUUGGCGCGCUAAGUACGCUUGUGGCUAUUGAAGCGACUCGACGCUUACGUCACAUUCGAUAA